AUGGUGCCUGGUGCUGCAGUGGGGAAGCUAGGAUGCAUGGCAGCUGGGAAUGGGACUGGCUGCUUUGGCCUCUCAAAACGGAUGGGAAUGGGAGAGAUGAAAACGGAUGGUGAUGAACUGGGAGGGGAGAAGGGAAGCCAUGGUGAUGGUUGCUGGGAGAGCUGCUGCAGCUGGGAGGGGGAAGGUGGGCGUGGGUCAGAGAAUGAGAAGAAGGAAAGGAGCGAUAACAGUGAGAAGAGCUUGAAGAAUGGACGGCCUGAUGAUGGGAAGAAUGAGAUUGGUAAUGACAGAAGCCAUGAGAGCGAGUUUGAGAAGAGUGAGAAGAAUGACAAGAGUGAGAAGGAGAAGAAUGAGAAGGAAGGUCAACACGAAGCUGCAGUGCCUAUGGAGGAAGACUCAACACCACAGCCUGCUGCCAAGGGUGCAACCAAUGGCAGUGGCGGUAAUGAGCAAGCUUAUAAGGGGGACGGUGUUGAGGCGAUGCAAGUGGAGGUGGGAGAUGAUGGAGGAGGCGGUGGGGGAGGUGAUGGGGGAGGUGAUGGGGGAGGCUGUGGGGGCAUGGAGGAAGUUGCGAGUACACCGGAGUUGGGGAGGGAGGUGAAGGGCGGAACUCAGACUUCCAGCAGUAGCAGUGAUAACAGCGGAUUUAAAUUGGAUGGCAUGCUGAGUCAGCAAGGGAAGGAACCUUCACAAUUCCAGCAGCAGCAGCAGCAGCAGCAGCAGCAGCAGUCACAUGCCGCCCCUUUCCUGAAAUCCCCCCAACCGUCCUCCCGAUCGCCCCUCUCCCCACCUUCCCCGCUGCAACGUUCCUCACCACUCCACCGCUCUUCCCAACUCAACCCUUUCUCCCCUCAACACCACACCUCCCAUCCUUCCCCUCUCCACCGCACCUCCCCUCUCGCCCCCCCUUCCCCUCUCCACCGCCGCUCCCCUUUCACCCAUCUCGACCAAUCCUCACCUCCCACCACCCUUUUAAACCACGAGCUCGCCCAUUUCUUCUCGUUACCUGAGCUUGAUGCCACUAUGCUACACAGUAACUCCUCUCCCUGCGUCCUGCCCCUGGACCUCUCUCCGAGCCUCUCCAUGCCGAACCAGCCUGCGCCGAACCUGGACCACAUGCCGAGCCUGAGCUUGCCACCCCCGGCAACAGGCCUGGGAGCUGGUGGGGAGGCGGGGCAUGGGGCGCUGAGGUUGGAAGGGGGAAGGGGGAGUAAGGGAGGGGAGGACGAGAGGAUGGGUGAGGAGCGAGUGAGGGUUGUAGGAGAGGAGAUGCUCAACGCCCACGUGGCGUGCCUUGAGGUGGCGACGCCACUGGACCAGCUGCCGCUGAUUCAAGUGCAGAUGGAGCGAGCAGACCUCGUUGCCUCCACCUACACCCGCUUGCUCCACACCUCCGCCCCCCCCACCACCACUACCGCCGCUGCUGCUGCGCGCGGUUCUGUUGGUGCCAAUACCAACAGCACUGCUAACGGUCAGUUUGUGAAGCUGCUGCAGGCGUUCAAGGAGCAACUAGAGGAGCACAUUCGGGUGCACGCAAGAGAAGCGGUCACCACAUGCGCCCGCCUCAAGCACCCCGUUGCUGCUGCUGGGGGCACCGCUGCUGACGAUUCAUUCCCUCCUUCCCUUCCUCCUCCAAUUCCCUGUAAACCAAUACAGGCCCAGUUUGUGAAGCUGCUGCGGGCGUUCAAGGAGCAACUGGAGGAGCACAUCCGGGUGCACGCCAGGGAGGCCGUUACCACAUGCGCCCGGCUCAAACACGCCGUUGCUGCUGCUGGGGGCACCGCUGCUGACAAGCUCGCUGCUUCUGGUGCUACCAUGUCAGAUGAUGGGGGCGGGGGAAGGGGCACACCGGCCAAGGAGGAAGGGUGCACCAGUCAAGGGAAUGGGAGCGCGGUGGAAGAGGCACUGCUGAAGGAAUAUGGCAGAGAGGGCUUCCGGGCGCGCCUGCUGGGAGUGAGGGAGGAGAUCAUGCGCAAGAGGCGUGCGGGGAAGCUUCCAGGAAACACCACGCAGGUGCUCAAGGCGUGGUGGAACGAGCACAUCCAGUGGCCCUACCCCACGGAAGAGGAGAAAGCAGGCCUCAUGGCGCAAACAGGAUUGGAGCUGAAGCAGGUGAACAACUGGUUCAUCAACCAGCGCAAGCGCAACUGGCAUGGCAACCCUGCUGUCGCAGCCGCGCAGCACAAAGGGCCCAAACAGGCCAAGCGCAAAUGA